AUGAAGAUAGCACCGCCCAAAGAAUACGCAGAAUUCAACGAGAUGGCUCCAGCUGCCUAUUCAGACUACACAAACUACGAAAUAGAGACUGUUUCACCAGAUGGAUACACGAUAAACAGGAUUCUGGGACGAGGUCGAUAUUCGGAGGUGUUUAUGGGAACAGAGAAGGAGAGUGGCAAUUUGGUAGUUAUAAAGGUGUUGAAGCCAAUCAAGGAGCAGAAGAUACAAAGGGAAGUGUUGGUAUUGAAGAAUUUGGCUGAAACAGGUGAAGAAGAGAACAGCAUUAUUCGGCUAAAGGGAGUUUGUUACGACAAAGUAACCAAGACACAUUCGUUGAUAUUCAAUCACAUAAUCCAUGGCAAUUCGUAUGACAUUUUACAGAAUUGUUCAUUUAGAGAAUGCAUAAACUUAAUGAAAAGAAUUCUUAGGGGAAUUGAACAGUGCCACAGUCGCGGAAUAAUGCACAGAGACAUCAAACCUGGUAAUUUGAUCAUAAACGGGGCGACUGGGGAGCUGAAGAUAAUUGAUUUUGGCCUAGCUGAAUUCUACUUCAAGAAAAAGGAGUAUUCUGUUCGUGUUGCAUCCAAGUACUACAAGGCACCAGAGCUGCUUUGUGAGUACGUGUACUACGAUUAUGCCAUAGACAUCUGGUCAUUUGGUGCAGUAUUGGGUGAAGCAAUAACAAAUAGGCAUCCAUUCUUUGGAUCUAUUAAUGGAACUAAGAAAAUUGAAAAGAAGAGCGAAGAUGUUCUCUAUUGCAUUACAAGGCUAUUGGGAAAGAAGGAUUUAAAAGAAUUCAUCACCGAAUACAAAAUUCAGCCAAAUGAGCUGAUAAAGCAGGUAAUGGCAGACCAAUCGAUUCCAAGAGAGCGUAUCAAGUUCAAGAAUUUCAUCAAGAGCCCAGAAUACAUGCCACUUCUGCCUUUAUUGGAGAGUUGCCUACAAUAUGAUCCAAGAAAGAGACCUACGGCAAAAGAGCUGUUGAAUCUUGCCAUUUUUGAAGGUAGAGAGGUUGAAAGAGACAUAGAUUCAGAUAACUAG